AUGCUUAUCCCGAAUGCAGAGAUUUGCUCUGGUUUUCUACCGACUCACGUCCUGAUAUUGGAUCUUUGCUUCGUUCGGCUUGUGAGGAGUGCCACUUUUGUGGAUCUUGCCGGUCUACAAUCGAAAUGGAUUGGUACCCUUGAUCGACUUGUAUUCUCUUCUCCUACACUAUAA